AUCUGAUUUAAAAAUGCAGAUCAUUGAAAAGAGAAAUGCACAGCUUUCGAACCAUGAAGUAUUGGCGCUACUUCGUGAAUUAGAUGAGAAACAAAAAGAACAAGUUCGAAUUAACCCACAAAUCAAAUUUGCAGAAAAUCUAAAGACCAUUCAAUUUGAGGUUAUACAAAAUUUAACAUCACUACAAUCACCAGCAAGAACUCAAACACCUGAACAAAUUGAGUCGGUUUUGUUUGAACUCAAGAAGUAUAAUUUAACCAAAUCCGAGAAAUUACAAAUUAUCAAUUUGAGACCACAAAGCAUUGCUGAACUAGAAUUGAUUAUAGAAGAUUGUGAAGAUCGAUUCUCGACAGAAACACUUCGGGAGAUGAUUUAUAUGAUUGGGGUUAACCUGCCAAUCCCAGGAAAGGUUGUACGUCGCUUAGAAAGUGGUAAUGAACCCACAGAAGAGGAUGAAGUUUUGACAUUUAUUCACUAUGAGACAGAUCCAAAAAAAAAAAAUAUUUUGUCGGAGAACGUCCAUUAA